AUGCUGCUGCCGUGGUCGCUGCUGCUGUUGCUGCUGGUGCUGUUGCUGGGAGCGCCGGCGGCUCCUUCUCCUGAGCCGGUUCCCGAGUGGCAGGAUAAAGGGAUAUUCAUUAUCCAAAGUGAGAGUCUCAAGAAAUGCAUUCAAGCAGGCAAAUCGGUACUGACCCUGGAGAACUGCAAACCACCAAACAAGAACAUGAUGUGGAAAUGGGUUUCCAACCAUGGCCUCUUUAACAUUGGAGGCAGCGGUUGCCUGGGCCUGAAUUUGUCUGACCCAGAACAGCCGUUGAGUAUCUAUGAGUGUGAUUCCAUCCACGUUUCCUUGAGGUGGCACUGUAGCAGGAAGGUGAUCACUGGCCCGCUGCAGUACAUGGUGCAGGUGAAGCACAACACGCUGGUGGCCUCCCGGAAAAACCUUCAUAAGUGGAUUGCCUACAUGUCAGGCGGUGAAGACAUUUGUGAAUAUCUGCACAGAGAUUUGUAUACACUCAAAGGGAACGCCCAUGGGACACCAUGCAUGUUUCCCUUCCAGUAUAACCACCAGUGGCAUCACGAAUGCACCAGGGAAGGGCGGGAAGACAAGCUGCUGUGGUGUGCCACGACCAGCCGAUACGAAAGAGACGAAAAGUGGGGAUUUUGCCCAGAUCCCACAUCGGCAGAGAUGGGUUGCGAUGCUGUCUGGGAGAAGGAUCUCAAUUCACACAUUUGCUACCAAUUCAACCUGCUUUCUUCUCUCUCCUGGAGCGAGGCACAUUCGUCAUGCCAGAUGCAAGGUGGCGCUUUACUAAGUAUUGCAGAUGAGGCUGAAGAAAGUUUCAUAAGGAAGCACUUAAGGGGUGAAACGCUGGCGGUGUGGAUGGGUCUAAACCAGCUGGAUGAAAAUGCUGGCUGGCAGUGGUCCGACAGAACCCCACUCAGCCAUCUAAACUGGAAUCCAGAAGUAAGUUUUGAGCCAUUUGUUGAAUAUCGCUGUGGGACAUUUAAUCCAUUUAUGACAAAUGCCUGGAGAGUUCGGGACUGUGAGGCCACCUUACCUUACGUCUGUGAAAAAUACUUAAACCACUCUGAUCAAGAAGUAGUGGAAAAAGAUGCUUGGAAAUACUAUGCUACCCACUGUGAGCCCGGCUGGAAUCCCCACAAUCAGAAUUGCUAUAAACUUCAGAAAGAAGGAAAGACCUGGAAUGAGGCUUUGCAUUCUUGCCAGUCUGAUAACAGUACAUUGAUAGACAUAGCUUCGUUAGCAGAGGUGGAGCUUCUUGUAACCCUCCUUGGAGAUGAAAAUGCAUCCGAAACAUGGAUUGGUUUAAGCAGCAAUAAAACUCCUGUUUCCUUUGAAUGGUCUAAUGGCUCUACAGUCACCUUUACUAAUUGGCAUACACAUGAGCCCCAAAUUUUUCCAUAUAGAAGCCAGUUAUGUGUCUCAGCUGAGGAAUCUGAAGGACACUGGAAAGUUAAACCUUGUGAAGAGGCACUUUCUUACAUUUGUGAGAAAGCAGGCCAUGUGCUCUCCGACGCUGAAUCAGGCUGUCUAGAGGGUUGGGAGAGACAUGGUGGGUUCUGUUACAAAAUUGACACAGUACUUCGAAACUUUGACGACGCUGCCAGUGGUUAUUACUGUCCUCCUGCCCUUGUGACCAUUACAAACAGGUUUGAACAGGCUUUUAUUACCAGUCUGAUCAGUAGUGUGGUAAAAACAAAGGACAGUUAUUUUUGGAUAGCUCUCCAAGACCAGAAUGACACAGGAGAAUACACCUGGAAGACAGCAGGGCAGAUGUCUGAGCCGGUGCGGUACACACACUGGAAUGCCCAUCAGCCUCGCUACAGCGGUGGCUGUGUUGUCAUGCGGGGACGGAGUCCACCUGGCCGCUGGGAAGUGAAGGACUGCGCGCACUUUAAAGCAAUGUCCCUGUGCAAGCAGCCAGUGGAAAGCCGGGAGAAGACUGAGCAUGAGGAGAGAUGGCCCUUUCACCCCUGCUAUUUAAGCUGGGAGUCCGAGCCGGGCCUGGCCAGCUGCUUCAAGGUAUUUCAUAGUGAAAAGGUAUUGAUGAAAAGAACAUGGAGAGAAGCUGAAGCAUUUUGUGAAGAAUUUGGAGCUCAUCUUGCAAGCUUUGCCCAUAUCGAGGAAGAGAAUUUUGUGAAUGAGCUUUUACAUUCAAAAUUUAAUCGGACAGAGGAAAGGCAGUUCUGGAUCGGAUUCAAUAAAAGAAAUCCCUUGAACGCUGGCUCUUGGGAGUGGUCCGAUGGAACCCCUGUUGUCUCUUCAUUUUUAGACAAUACUUAUUUUGGAGAUAAUUCAAGAAACUGUGCUGUUUAUAAAGCAAAUAAAACAUUGCUGCCCUUGCACUGUGGUUCCAAGCGUGAAUGGAUAUGCAAAAUUCCAAGAGAUGUGAAACCCAAGAUUCCUCCCUGGUACCAGUACGAUGAACCCUGGCUCUUUUAUCAGGACGCAGAGUACCUUUUCCAUGCCUAUCCCUCCGAAUGGUCCACGUUUGAGUUUAUCUGUGGCUGGCUGGGUGGUGCUAUCCUCACAAUUCAUUCUGCACAUGAGCAAGAAUUCAUCCUCAGCAAAAUAAGAGUGCUGUCAAAGUAUGGUGUAAAUUGGUGGAUUGGACUUCAAGAAGAAAGAGCCAAUGGUGAACUUCGCUGGAGAGAUGGAGCACCAGUAAUAUAUCAGAACUGGGACAAAGAAAGAGAAGGGCCUAAGAAUAACCACAGUCAGAGAUGUGGCUUCAUUUCAUCCAUAACAGGACUCUGGGCUAGUGAAGAGUGUUCGGUUCCUAUGCCCAGCAUCUGUAAGCGAAAAAGGUUUUGGCCCGUAGAGAAAGAGAAAGAUACACCAAAGCAGCACGGAAUGUGUCCCAAAGGAUGGCUAUAUUUUAACUAUAAGUGCUUUUUGGUGAAAAUCCCCAAAGGCCCAAGUGGUUGGAAGAACUGGACAUCCGCUCAAGAUUUCUGUGUUGAAGAAGGGGGGACACUGGUCACCAUUGAAGAUGAGGUGGAGCAAGCUUUCAUUACUAUGAAUCUUUAUGGACAGACCACUGAUGUGUGGAUAGGGCUACAAAGUGAUGAUUAUGAAAAAUGGCUAAGUGGAAAGCCUGUGACAUAUUCUAACUGGUCUCCAUUUGAUAUAAUAAAUAUUCCAAGUCAGAACACCACUGAAGUUCAAAAGCACAUUCCUCUCUGUGCUUUGCUGUCAAGUAAUACUAAUUUUCAUUUCACUGGAAAAUGGUAUUUUGAAGACUGUGGAAAAGAAGGUUAUGGGUUUGUUUGUGAGAAAAUGCAGGAUACUUCUGGACACAGUGUAAAUACAUCUGAUAUGUAUCCAAUCCCCAACACCUUAGACUAUGGAAACAGGACUUACAAAAUAAUCAGUGCAAAUAUGACCUGGUACACAGCAAUCAGAGCCUGCCUGCUGCAUGGAGCAGAAUUGGUCAGCAUUGCAGAUCAGUAUCACCAGUCCUUCCUCACUGUUAUCCUCAGCCGGCUCGGACAUGCCCACUGGAUUGGACUCUUCACUGCAGAUAAUGGUCUCAGUUUUGACUGGUCAGAUGGCACCAAAUCCUCCUUCACUUUUUGGAAAGAGGAUGAGUCAUCCUUGCUGGGUGACUGUGUUUUUGCUGACACCAAUGGGUGCUGGAGUAGCACAGCCUGUGAGACAUUUCUGCAAGGAGCCAUCUGUCAUGUACCUACUGAAAAAAGACCAUUUGGACAGCCAGAGCUAUGUUCUGAAACAUCUAUUCCUUGGAUAAAAUUCAAAAGUAAUUGCUACAGUUUUUCUACAGUCCUAGACAGCAUGAGUUUUGAAGCUGCUCAUGAAUUUUGCAAAAAGGAAGGAUCUAAUCUUUUGACAAUCAAGGAUGAAGCUGAAAAUUCAUUUCUCCUAGAAGAGCUUUCUGUUUUUGUUUCUUCUGUCCGGAUGGUUUGGUUGAAUGCUCAGUUUAACGAUGACAAUAAAACCAUGAAGUGGUUUGAUGGAACUCCCACAGACCAAUCAAACUGGGGCAUUCGGAAGCCAGAGAUGGAUCACAUCAAGCCUCCUCUGUGUGUUGCCCUGAGGAUCCCCGAAGGAGUGUGGCAGUUAUCCCCAUGUCAAGAAAAAAAAGGAUUUAUUUGUAAACUGGAGCCAGAUAUUCACGUGGCAAAGGAACAUCCAGGAAAAGGACCAAGUCACAGCAUCAUACCAUUGGCAGUAGCUCUGACACUGAUAGCAAUUCUGGCCAUUUCCACACUUGCCUUCUGGAUAAACAAGCACAGCAGUGGUGCCUUUAGGAGGCUCCUGGAGUUUCGGAACCCUUACUAUCCCACAACCAACUUCAGUACAGCACAUUUGGAAGAAAAUAUUCUCAUUUCAGAUCUUGAGAACAGCAAUGAAGCCAGAGAAAGCCACAGUCAUGAGGACGAGUAA